AUGAGCAACCCGACUGAUCCCCCUUCCGCCUCCUCGGCCUACCGUCCAUCGCUCGCCUGGGAGCGGCGCGGAUCACGGAGGUUAUCAGGCUUCUCGGUCGUCUCGCCAGUUGACGCAGGGCCGCGCGACGAGACCUACGCUGGGGAGCACGAGCAGACACCGGCGCCCGCUAUCAGCGAGGAAAUCAGCGAGAUUAAGAAGAUUAAGCGGUACGAGGACUUUACGACGAUCGACUGGGUACAGGAUGCGGUGCUGGAGCAGGCCCGGCGGCGGGCCAGGUGGAAGGAAGGGUCUGGUUUCUGGGAUCGCGACGGCACUCUGGGAUGGCGGCGCAAGGUACGCGAGUCGUACGAUGCCGGUCAGGCCUGGCUGGUCGUGACUCUGGUUGGUGUGGCGAUCGGAUUGAACUCUGCGUUCCUGAAUAUCGUGACGGAGUGGCUGUCGGAUAUCAAGCUUGGGCACUGCACAACAGCGUUCUAUCUCAAUGAGCAGUUCUGCUGCUGGGGGGCUGAAGGAGGCUGCCCGGAAUGGAAACGAUGGACGUCCUUCGAAUUGAUCAACUACAUUGUAUACUUCUUCUUCGCGAUCUUGUUUGCGUUUAUCGCCGCCGUCUUGGUCAAGUGCUUCGCCCCCUACGCGGCCGGGUCCGGAAUAUCCGAAAUAAAGUGCAUUAUUGCUGGUUUUGUCAUGAAGGGCUUUCUCGGCGCAUGGACUCUGUUGAUCAAGUCUAUUGGACUGCCAUUGGCCAUUGCCUCGGGGUUAUCUGUCGGCAAGGAAGGGCCCAGUGUGCAUUUCGCCGUCUGUACGGGCAACGUCAUAUCGCGACUCUUCAACAAGUACAAGCAGAACGCGAGCAAGACACGAGAGAUAUUGACAGCCGCCGCUGGGGCUGGUGUGGCCGUCGCUUUUGGCAGCCCUAUCGGCGGCGUCUUGUUCUCUCUAGAGGAAGUCGCAACGUAUUUUCCUCUCAAAACUCUCUGGAGAAGUUACUUUUGUGCUUUAGUUGCAACUAGCGUGUUGGCGGCCAUGAAUCCCUUUCGAACCGGUCAACUCGUCAUGUUUCAGGUUCAGUAUGACCGAACGUGGCACUUUUUUGAGCUCAUUUUCUUUGUGCUACUCGGUAUCUUUGGCGGCCUGUACGGCGCUUUCGUCAUCAAAUGGAAUCUCCGAGUCCAGUCUUUCCGGAAGAAGUAUCUCACGCAGUAUCCAGUAAUCGAGUCGGUGGUUCUUGCAGGCGCCACGGCUCUCCUGUGUUAUCCCAACAUGUUUCUUCGCCUCAACAUGACCGAGAUGAUGGAGAUUCUGUUCCGCGAGUGCGAAGGAUCGCAUGAUUACGACGGUAUUUGCGAAGCCGAUCACCGGUGGUCUCUCGUCCUGUCACUAUUCAUCGCGACGGUGCUGCGUAUGUUUUUGGUGAUUAUCUCCUAUGGCUGCAAAGUGCCCGCUGGGAUCUUCGUGCCAUCCAUGGCCAUCGGCGCGUCGUUCGGCCGGAUGGUGGGGAUUCUAGUUCAGGCGCUGCACGAGUCGUAUCCCAACUCUAAGUUCUUUGCUUCCUGCGAACCGGACAUUCCGUGUAUCACACCAGGCACUUACGCCUUCCUGGGGGCUGCCGCUGCUCUCAGUGGGAUCAUGCACUUGACCGUCUCGGUGACGGUCAUCAUGUUCGAGUUGACGGGGGCAUUGACGUAUAUUUUGCCCACCAUGAUUGUGGUUGGCAUAACCAAAGCCAUCGGCGACCGGUUCGGGAACGGUGGAAUUGCGGAUCGAAUGAUCUGGUUCAACGGGUUCCCCUUUCUGGACAACAAAGAGGACCACGUCUUCAACGUGCCCGUCUCGUACGCGAUGACGACAGAUCCGGUGUCGCUCCCCGUGUUGAACUUCCCCGUACGGGAAGCGGAGCACCUGCUGAACGACAACGGGUUCCAGGGUUUCCCGAUCGUCGAGGACCGCACGACCAAGACCCUGGUCGGAUAUAUCGGACGGACAGAGCUGCGGUACGCGAUUGACCGCGCCCGGAGCGCCGGCCUGGUCUCGCCGAACGCCAAAUGCGUGUUCACCAAGCAGGCGGCGGAGAUGACGCUUGCGCAGCGAGCUUCUACCUCGCGGAUAUCCGUGAACAGUUUUUCCUCGCUGGCUCCCCCGGACACCUUUGAUCGAAUCCAGAGUAGCGUCGGCGCGGGUUACGUCGACUUCAGCCUGUACGUGGACCACACGCCGCUGACGGUGCACCCACGGCUACCGCUGGAGACGGUGAUGGAGCUCUUCAAGAAGAUGGGCCCCCGGGUGAUCCUGGUUGAGCACCGCGGGCGCGUGACGGGCUUGGUCACGGUCAAGGACUGCCUCAAGUACCAGUUCAAAGUCGAGGCCGAGGAGGACGCAAUGGCGGCCACGGCGGCGUCGCAGCACCCCAGCACACUGGGGCUGGGGCCGUCCUCGCAGCGGGAGUCGACGCUGGAAGAGCGAGUGUGGGCGGGUAUUCAAUGGGUAGCGAGCUUGCCAGGCAUGUUUUCCGGCCGGAUCCAGCUCCCGCGGCAGGGACGUCCACAGGGAUAUUCGCGUCCUCAAGGAGUUGAACUGGGCGAUAGAUGA